ACUAUGAAUUAUACUUUCUGUUUCAUAUAUUCUGCACAGAUCUCUCUCUCUUUUUUUUUUUCUAAAACAAAAUGUUUCUAUUCAGCUCCAGAUUUUAGUGAAACUAUUAAAAUUUGAAUUUUUUUCUUUUACAAUUCAGACUUAUAUCAUCCCAGAAUAUCUCGACUUCCCUUCCAACCGAGUUUACCAAGCUACCGUACCUUCAAUUAUUGGAUCUCAGUCGUAAUUACCUCAGGGGAACUAUACCUCCUGAAUGGGCUACUAUGCGUUUGAGCAACCUCUCUCUCAUGGGAAACCGGUUAUCCGGGCGGUUUCCAACAGCUCUUACCAAAAUCGCCACCCUUCUAUAUUUGAGCAUAGAAGGAAAUCGUUUUUCAGGACCCAUACCCAAAGAGAUUGCAAACUUGAAGAACUUGGACAAGCUUGAUCUAUCUUCAAAUGAUUUCACUGGACAUCUGCCUGCUGCACUUGCGAAACUUACCAACUUGACUUAUUUGAGGAUAUGUGACAACAAUUUCACCGGAAAAAUACCGAACUUCAUUAGCCAGUGGACACAAAUUGAGAGAUUAGAUAUACAAGGUUCUUCUUUUGAGGGGCCCAUUCCUUCUAGCAUCUUUGCCUUAACACAACUGCGGGAUCUGAGAAUCAGUGACUUGAAAGGUGGCGGUUCUACUUUCCCGUCACUAGAGAACAUGCUAAAGCUAAGUAUACUGUGA